CUAGUUUAGUUUAUUUGUAUUGAAAUUAUAUUCGUAUUGACAAGAAUGCUUUGGAUACAUAUGCUUUGAAUUUUGCAUAUAGUAGGCGUACUUUAGUUUAUUUGUAUUCAAAAGAUAAUCGUGUUGACAAGAAAGCUUUGUUUGAAAUUGUUAGGAUGGUUUGGCUUCUCGAUGACCACUGGGACCAUCAACACCGGUCAUACGCUAUGUCAAUGGAGCAGCGGGAGCUUCAACCUCUGAAGAUUCGGUUUCACGGGGUCAACCUUGGGGGGAUGCGCUAUGAUGAGCGAUACACACCGUAUGUAAGGGAGACAGGACUCCUCCCUUUCAUUCAGUUGCCUCGGGAAACAGAAACAGAAGACAAGAAGAAGGAAAGAGUCGCAGCUGGUGCUCCUUUCAUCUGGAUUGCAUGGAACUUUGGUACUUGCCCCGAGGAAGCGAAUGAGGAUGAGGUCAAGACAUAUGCUCGUGUCUACAUGUGGUAUGUUAUAUCCAGGACUAUUUUUGCUGAUGGCACAGGCAAGAAUGCUCCAUGGAUGUGGCUGAAGGCGUUGACCAUCUUCGAUAGCAAAUGGAGUUGGGGUUCGGCGACACUGACUUACUUGUAUAGACAGUUGGAUGAAGCCUGUUGUAGGAAAUCUGGAGGUAUUGGUGGUUGUAUGCUCGCACUUUCUAUAUGGAGCUGGGAGCGAUUGCCGCUUGGACGACCGAAGACCGUGAAGUUCGAGGAUUGGGACGACAAAGAUGACCCACUACGGCUCCCCACUUGGGCUUACAAGUGGGAUGUGGUAAAUGAGACGACGGAUCAUCCGUCGGUCAUGUACAAGUUGUACAUGAGGGAGCUGGACACGAUCACGGCUGAGGAGCCACACUCGCCGGAGUGGGAGGACACGGACAAGUUGCUACACAACAACUAUCUCACAUGGUUUCUUGCAAGUACCCGUGUGGAGGUAUGGAAGCCGGCGUAUGCUGAGGAGAUUUUGGAAGAUCCCACCGUCUUCGAUGAGCUAACCCAGCACCUGUACAACAAAUUAGUUAGGGAAGGCACCUCAGUCCCUUCAGCUCUAGUGAUGAACUUUGUGGUUGCUGAUGACAUGACCUUGGGGACCUAUCAAGUUUGGUCAGCAUACGAGUUAAAGCCUAGGAGGGGAAUCAAUAAAUACACACCUGAAGACUUCACCCAAAGAGGCAAGAGGAUGGUCGGCACCUCGGGGAUGGCGGCUUUGUAUGACUAUGUGGAUGACGUGGAGGAACCGGAGCUGGAGCAGGUUGCUCUUCCUAGGAAGGCAAAGAAGAUAGCCAGCAGGAGGGGGGAGGAGCCAAAAAUGGUGGUAGCUCUUAGUAAUGUUGAACUUGAAGUGAUUGUAUGUCUUCGUAAUGUUGAACUUGAAGUGAUGGUCACUCUAAGAAAUGUUGUCUUUGUUGAACUUGAAGUGCCUGAAAAUGUGCCUGAAAUGUCCUAG